CGUCCUUGCUGUCGUCUCUUAGAGACUCUUUUCUCACCACAAUAAGAACAUCUUUAAAAACCUUUUUACGUAAUUUACAAACAUGAAAGACAAAGAAAACCAUGUGGCUACACCACCCUGCCAACACAUAUCAUGGAUGCAGAGAUUCACAAUGGAAUUGAUGGCCGUUGCUUUCCAGCCACUCUACAUCGCUGUCGGAAUUUACAUGCUUUUCUUCUUGAUAAUUGGCCUCUCUGUUCUCGAGUCGAUUCUGUUUUUUUCAUAUUUGCCAACCUGUGAGGUAUUGAAGAGCUUUGAAGGAGUGUCUUUGUUGGUUGUGCCGACAUGUGUGUUUUUUAAUAUGGCCACACAUGUGGUGCUCUUUGAGAAGUUCACUAGUUGGGCACUCAGACACCUCCCCGAAAUAAAAUGGGAAAAGGAAACAAGAACUAUAUUUCUGGAGAAGGAUAUGGCUACGCUUGACUUGGAUGCGAUAGUUUAUCGAUUCGCAUGGCAAAAGUUAAUCAGCCAAUCCCCGAACAAUUUGAGGGAUUACUUAGUCAUGCAGCAAAACCUUUUCACCUGUGAGGUGGACUGGAAGGCACUCAACUUCGAGCACAAAGUCACCAAGUUUUGUCCCAAGGUGAAGGACGAUACUUCUAUCAAAACCUUCAUGGGAGAAAAGAAAACAGGCACACAAUGGGUGUCACUGUUGUCGUGUUACUAUGACAACCAAGCCAACUAUAAACAAAGUCACACGUUUAAAGGAUCACGUGACACGAUGUCCUGGGUUCAUGUCGACCUUGACCAGUAUUACACGGUGGACCAACAGGUGCGAGUGAUAUUAAGCCUCUCUGAAACCGCUCAUUUUAAAAUAAACAACAACAACAUCCUGAACCUAUUUAAGGACAGAGGCCUGGUUUUCAAGAACAAAGACACCUGGAAAACAAAGGCACAUGUUGAAGUGGAGCCAUCGUCUCGAACCCAUGCUCAGCUGUUAGUGAGACGAGAGCGCUCUGUUUAUGACUUUGAGAUCCGAACCACUUUGUCCAACCCCAAAGGAUUUGUACGAGUUGACUUUAAGUUUAGGUGUCAUAAUUUCUCUAUGACCAUAAACAUUGAGAAUUUACAUGAGGCUUUUCAGCUUGUUCAUGAUGGAGGAGUUCUUUCACCGGAAGAAAAAGCAUGUGUGGAGGUGGUGGAGGAAAAGUGGCUGGACAAAGAUGGAGUGGAGCACUCGACCUCCCACCCCCAGAUCAUCACCCGGGGCACCUGUGUCUGUCUCAGCUGGACUGACCAGAAAGUGGACAUCAAGACCAGUCCAUUGUCAAAGGACGAGUCCACUUCUGAUGUGGUCAACCUGACCAUGAGUCCCUCUGAAGAGGACGCCAGCGAUAAAGCUUUUAUAUUCGUGGAUUAGACCUGCUCAUCACAAGAGACAUAAAAAAGGUUAACCCUUAACCCCUUCUUACAUAUUUUUAAAAAAAAUAAAAAUAAAAUAAAAAUUACCAUCAAUAAAAACAAGCAAUUUAAUUUAUACAUGUUGUGUAUACUAAACAAUUGACAAGCCGUCAUCCACAGCUGUAAGGGGGUUAAAUCAGGCAAUAUUAAUAAAAAGAUAAUGUCAAGGUACUAUCAAUAAAGUUACAAAAUAAAGUUAUUGUCAAAUAUUUUGAAAUUGAAUUAAAGAGAAAAAAAUGAUUGCUAAGUCAACUGCCGAAAAUAAACAUUCAA